AUGGCCUCGCGGGACUCAAUGAUGAUGGCUGUCCUAACUGCUUAUCUGACCACUCCUUACUACGUGAAUGAUGUCGACUAUAUCACUGCCUAUCUGGACAUACACGCGCAAAGCACUCCGAGCUAUGUCUACACGUAUAUUUUGUGGGCAGUCAUUGCCGUGACCUUAGUGCUCUUUGCUGCCUUUCACCUGGUCAGCCUCAGAGGUGGCUAUUUCGGUGCUCUCUGGAGUAAUAUGCUACUUACGAGAUGUUCGGUCAAUGUCUCUGCAUUGACCCAGUACAUGCCUGACUACACGAUUGGCAAAGCCUGGUGGACAUUGGGCAACAGAACGGGUCUCAUCGCCUUUACCCUCUUUCCUCUCAUACAGCUCACCAUAGAGCAGAGAAGCAGCACUGGGAAGGUGCUCUAUACCUAUGCCUGGGAUUAUAUCAACUUUAUUUAUGGAUGGAUUGCUUUCGGCUUCAUGACAGUCCUGGUGGUUCGCUCCCUCCGCCCCAUCUGGUGGCUUUACUAUAAAAUUUUCUACUUCCUAUACGUCAUGCUAGUGCCGCUAACACUCAUCUUCUUCACCCUGCACCAUGCAUCCGUGGGAUGGUGGUGCUGGGCAGCCCUCACGCUGUGGAUCAGAGAGCGCAUAUGGCGAUCGAUAUGGUGGCUGACUACCAAUGACUAUCUUGACAGAGUGCUUCCAUCGCCGGCUCCGAAGAACUCACAGAAGGGGCCAGCGUUGAACGCUUCUGCUUUGCUGGAGUCAUGGGAGAUGGAGCCAAUGUCCUCCCCUCAUGUGCUGAAGAAGCUCUACAUUCCUCCUAGCUCACCGACAACAUCCAAACUGAGCAUGGAUGUUCAUAUCACAUGCAUACCAGGCAAGGUCACAUUGGGCGCCUCUGGCAGCUACAUUCCACCACUGGGCUUUGCACAUGCGGAGCUCCUUCCUGGACGAACGAUACGACUGUGCCUCAUUACGCCGGGCUACAUGCCCUGGCUCACCAUGCAUCCAUUCACCGUGGCCACCGUAUGCGGUCAAGAAGCGCCAAUGGAUGAGGGCCGGGAGCUCAUCUUCCUGAUCCGUGCAAAGAAUGGGUGGACAAAGCGCUUGUGGGACACUGUUGUGUGCACCAUUGCAUUGGCUUUGGCCUGUCCAUGCUGCAGUAUGUGUGCCUAUGUCUCACUGGCAGAGAUGGCUCAUCCCUUGGUGGGAAGCGAGGUGAAUGGGGGAAGCCCAGUUUCAACAUCAGACAUGUUCACCUUGUUUGACUGGUACAUGAGUUCACUCAGAGCUGCAGGUGAACGUAUUUGUGAUGAAUGCCAAAAUGAUCCAAGAAUCUUCUUUAGCAAUGAUGCUGCACACACCUUCAACAGACACUCUCUUUCCUCCAAACCACUCUUUGUGUGGCAGGAUCAUGUGAAGACGGAAGAGAAAAGUGCUCAUUCAGGGCCCAUAUCCUCUGCUGAUGGGGAGGUGGAUGACAUUUUUGAUCCGCAUUAUCACCAGGGCGACUAUGUCGAGUGGAAAGGUGAUUUAGGGCAUGAGGAGCAUGUUUUGGACCUGACUAAUUUUGAGGGUGAUGAUGAUACAGUGAUGCCUGGUGAGAGGCAAUUCGGAAACUCAGUGAAGAGAGAGGGGAGGUUGUGCAGGGCUGCUUCACAGGCUGCGCUGUUGUCUGGGAAGUGCAAGCGACAUCAGGAUGGGGAUGAUGAGAAGGAUAAUGGUCUGGACCAUGUGUUCAAUUUAUCGUCAGUGAGUGGAUGGUCCGAGGCUGGGAGUCUCAUGGUGCUCAUGUCUGAGGUAGACAUCGGGAAGAGCGGGGAACAUCUGCGGCUAGAGCUUGACGAGCAGGAGCUGCAGGAUGUGGGUGUCAUCAUGGAACAUGCCCAUCCCAGGAAGCUGCGAUUGUAUAAAGUUGUCGCAGAAGAGGUACAGCUCAUCCAGAAGCAUAUCAUAGUUGAAUGUUGCGGCCCAUUGUCACUGAACGCCGUCGUGCGCAAGGCCAUCACGUCGCAGAUCAACCUCGAAUGA